GCAAGUGUGCAAGGCUCACCAAUUGAGAGGCAGAGGCAGCAGUAGUCAGACUUAGGUAUUCUAGCCUCUCUGAAUAUAAUUUUAGAUUUAGAUUCAGCUUAAAUCCAAAGGGAAAACACUUUAUAAGGCUGAAAGCUGUGUCGUUGCAACAGCCAGGGUUAUGAGCUAUCAAAGGCAAUUACAUUAAAAUAGAUUAUACUGUGUAAAUUGAGCCAUUUAGAAGGUGAGAACCAAAGAAACAGCUCUGAUCCCCCUUCUUUCUAAAUUGCGGUUUUAGUUCCUUGCGAUUCUGAGGCACAAAAGUAGGUGAGACUGCUUUUGUAUCUCCAAAGUGCUUUAUUUCUGAGUGUAAUUCUAACUGAGUGCAAUCUAGGUUAAAAGCUGGACAACUGGGUAAUUAGAGCUCACUUGCUGCUAAAGGACGAUCAGCUGUACCGUAGCUCAUUUGUGUUCCCAGAGACUUGUUCUCUUCUUCCCUGAGCGGAGGCUGCUGGAGAAGAAGCAUCUGUCCCUGGACUUUUCUUGCUGGCGGAGAUGAUGGUGCUGGACAAGGAGGAUGGUGUGCCGAUGUUAUCUGUACAACCCAAAGGGAAGCAGAAGGGCUGUGCUGGCUGCAACCGAAAGAUCAAGGACCGGUACCUGCUGAAAGCUCUGGAUAAGUAUUGGCAUGAAGACUGUCUAAAGUGUGCCUGCUGUGACUGUCGUCUUGGAGAGGUUGGAUCAACUCUUUACACAAAAGCAAAUCUCAUUCUUUGCCGCAGAGAUUACCUGAG